CUAUGAAAAUACUUGUUGAACAUAAAGCAUUUCCAGUAUUCUUAUUGCUUUGCAUAUGCUUGGUUUUCUUACAAACAAUUUAUCUGAAUAAAAAAAGAGACAAUGAUUUGCUCAUUCAUGGAGUAAAUGUUCAAUCUUUCCACGAUGUCCAAAACUUGAAAUUACAGGAUCUUGAUCAAAGUACAAAGAGGAGGCUUAAAGAAAAAAGGAAUAUAAGUUUUUCUAAAACUCUAACACGCAGAUUGCCAAACGCAAUUAUAAUUGGAGUGAAAAAAUGUGGAACGCGUGCAUUAAUCGAGUACCUUAGACUGAAUCCAAAUAUUAGAGCAGCGGGACCGGAACCUCAUUUCUUUGACAGAUACUAUCAUUUGGGACUUGAUUGGUACAGGAAAAAGAUGCCAAAGUCUUAUGGUGGACAUUUAACGAUAGAGAAAACACCCAGAUAUUUCGUAACAAAAGAAGUGCCGGCAAGGAUUUAUAAUAUGUCAAAAUCUAUCAAACUUAUACUUGUUGUGCGAAAUCCAGUUACUCGUGCAAUUUCUGAUUUUACACAAGCUGUAAGUAAAGGAGAAUACAACAACAAUAUAACAUUUCAAAGCAAGGCUAUACGCCGUAACGGAACAGUGAAUUUAUGA